AUGAAGAAUAUAUCAAAUUUAAUACAAGAGGAAUCUCAAAUCAAUUAAUUAAGAGUAAGUACUCAUCGGAAACAUCCUUCUCCUUAGAUUCAGAUAUAUGACAAAUUAAAGAAUUCAAUAUAAGUUGAUAUUUAGAAUAGUUAUACUAUUAAAUUAAAGACACCAAUAUUUAGUGAUAAGAAACUUUUUGAAUAUAAGAAUUAAAAGGAUUUAGAAUUAUUAGUUUCUUUAGUUAUUUAACCAUGUUUACAUUUGGAUAAUUGUAUUCAUGAAUAAUUAUAUGAAAAGAAUUAACAAGGUAAAACCUUUAGAUAGGUUUGUGAAUUCAGAGUAGAUUGGACUAAGAAAAUAAAGAAAGCUGAGAGACAUUUUGAAAAUUCAAUUCAAUAUAAAAAAGUGUAACAAAUACAAUGUUAAAAUAAUGAUUAAUUUAAAAUUAUUAUUCUUGAGGCUAUUAAUAAUAAAUAGGCAGCUUUAAAAAUGAUGAUUGAUAAAUCUAAAAAAGAAUCAUAAUUUAUUGAAUAUGCUAAGAGAUUUGCAAUUCAAUAAAGAUAAAGAAUGGAUUAUAGUGAAUCAUUGUUAACUUAAUUUGAAGAUAUUCAAAAUAGAAAGAAAUAUAUUCAUCCACCUUCAUUUUGGUCAAUUCUUGAUUGUUCUUGUAAUUCUACUGUGAUGUGA